AUGGCUAAUCUGGUCCCUGGGGUUUUGUUGAAGCUGCUUCAACACAUGAACACAGAUGUAAAAGUUGCGGGAGAACACAGAUCGUCUUUAUUGCAAGUUGUGAGCAUCGUUCCAGCUUUAGCCGGAGGCGAGCUCUUUCAAAAUCAAGGGUUUUAUCUCAAGGUAUCUGAUUCAUCUCACGCCACAUAUGUAUCAUUACCCGAUGAAAAUAUCGAUCUUAUUUUAAGCGAUAAGAUCCAGUUAGGUCAGUAUGUACACGUCGAGCGCCUCGAAUCAGCCACCCCAGUUCCAAUUUUACAUGGCGUCCGACCAGUUCCCGGCCGACACCCAUGUGUCGGAACCCCAGAAGACAUUGUUGCCACUCAUUCUUUAGGGUUCUUGAAUAACAAUGGCAGUUCCACUAGUAACACGACUACUUCUAAACUACUUGGUAAUGUCAAAUUGCCCUCCAAAAAGGAUACAAACCCCACAACUGUGAGCGCGAGAUCAAAUGGGGCGAUCGAAAAAUCGAGGCAAUCUUUGGCAAAAGUCAAACCAUCAAGGUCAAUUCCUUCAUCUCCCACUAGUUGUUACUCUUUGCCUACUUCGUUUGAGAAGUUCUCCAAUGGGGUCAAGAAUCAGUCAAAGAUCAAAGGAUCUGAUAAGGAAAUUGGUAAAUUGAAUUUAGGGGAAAAAGGGAGUGGGGUUCGUGGGGUGAGUUCAAGUGUGAAAAAAUCUGGAAUUGGAAAUUCGAUAAAGAAUUUUGUUCAGGGUAUUGAAUUGGGGCCUAAGGCUUUGAGGAAGAGUUGGGAAGGUAAUAUGGAUGUCAAGACUCCAAGAUUGAAAGUCACCAAGAAUGAUUUGAAGCUUGAAGCUAGGAGUACUUCUGUUCCAAGAAAAUCUACAAGUGAAAGGAUUCCAUAUAAAGAGGAAGAUAACAACAACAACAAAUCACAAUCAUUUACAAAGUCAUCAAACAAAGAGGAAAACAAGAUUCAGACACCUGUAAAGAGAUCUAUGGCUUAUGGAGAUUCACUUGAUCAUGAUCAUUCAAAUAAGCAAAAACCAACUUUAGGUAGAAAGUCAACUGCUGAAGCAUCUACAAAUGGUCUCCCAGGAAACUUGGUCAAAGUUUCUCUUAGUAACAGAAGGUUGACCGAUGCUAGUGCUGCUUCUUGGUCUUCACUCCCAUCUUCUCUUUCAAAGCUUGGAAAGGAAGUCUUGAAACAUAGGGAUGCUGCCCAAAUUGCUGCCAUUGAAGCAAUGCAAGAGGCAUCAGCUGCUGAAAGCUUACUUCAAUGUAUAAGCACGUACUCUGAACUGCGAUGUUCUGCAAAAGAAGACAACCCACAGCCAGCUGUCGAACAGUUUUUAGCAUUACACUCAAACUUAAACAAUGCCCAUCAAAUAUCCGAAUCUUUAUCCAAAACAAAUCAUCUUAAUUCAUCAUUAGAUCAAGAAGAAACCCCAUCUGAAGAACAAUUAAAACUUUCAUCAGAAAGACAAAAACAAGCAACUUCAUGGGUUCAUGCAGCCAUGGCAACCAACUUAUCAUCCUUUUCAGUCUACACCAAACAACCCAAAUUAACCACCACCACCAAGACUCUUGCUAAACCUGUUCUUGUACUUGAGAGCUCCACCAAUGCACCAUCGCCCAAAACCGCCAAGCCCCGUCAGUCGGUCAGCUCAAAGGCUGUGAAUCCGGCGACCCCGCGGCGGCAGAACGGUCAAAAGGCUCGGGUGGUGGUGGUGCAACCGCCGCCGCCGCCACCGCCGGAAUGGGAGAGAGGCGGUGGGUUUGAUGAGGCGGUUGAUUUGGCACAGAAGUUGAAAGUGGAGUCUCGUGAGUGGUUUUUAGGGUUUGUUGAAAGAUUCUUGGAUGCUGACGUGGACACUGCGAGUAGUUUAUCGGAUAAUGGACAGAUUGCGGGGAUGCUGAGUCAGCUCAAGAGUGUGAAUGAUUGGUUGGAUGCGAUUGGAUGUGGAAAAGAUGAAGAGGAAACGUCUUGUAUUUCACCAGAGACUAUUGAUAGGAUAAGGAAGAAGAUUUACGAUUAUCUCCUUACACAUGUGGAAUCUGCUGCAGCUGCACUUGGUAAACCCUGAGGGCAAUUACGUCUUUUGCACAGACUGAGACCGAGUCCCUGUCCUGUGGUUUGUUGUUGACUUGUGAGUAGUAACAACUAACACGGGGUGUAAAAGAUGACUGAAAUGGUUAAAGAUUAUAUAUUUUUUGUAUAUAAAUUACUGAGAAGGUUGUUUGGGGGGUAUAGAUGGAGUGUUGACAAAAUUUGAUUAUGAAGAAAGGCAUUGAAUUGGGGGGGAUUCUGUGUGUUAAAUUUCUUGUUUUGUUUUCGAAUGUUCAUUGAAAACUACAGAAGAAGAUGAACAGAUUUAGUAGAUUGUCUAUGAAUUAUGAUACAAGAGAAUGCCCUAAAGAUUAUAGGGGAAGAUGUGUUUGUUUUGAUUCUUUUAUGAUCGAGUAAAUUAAUUUUUUUUUUUUUAAUUAUUUUUCUUACAGUUCCUUAAAAGUGAAAUCAAAAUCUGGUUUGAAUAUGUA